UAGGUGAAGCUUCUGGUUAAGCUAUUUCAGAAGCAUGUCAUUUCAAGUCUUGCUCUGUGGUUUCAGCCUCUUAAUGACACGGUUCAAGACUUUGUGAGCCACAUGAGCGUGGUUGAGAAGUAGUAGAAGGAAGGAAAAGACUGUCCAACCCCUCUGCAGAUUUCCUGUUUCAUGAAAAAGACGCAUAGGUACCGUGAGUCAUAUAGGGCAAGUCCUGGCUGCUGUGUUUACUCUGCGUAUUGUACUGUACCCGGAGCGGCGAGGGAGCAGCGGGGGGCCGAGGAAAGUCCGCGGAGUCCGUAUAUUAACUCGUUGUCAAGGCUUCGGUAAAUUAAUGAGAACGUGUGGAGUGUGUAAUCCGUUUCUUAAUGGAGCUACUUCGGUUUUUCGCUUUUUGGUGUGGAACGAUACUCUUCGGUAGUAUCCUGCUCGGGGACACUGAGGCCAUUAUAGUGAAGAUUAAAAGGCUGUGCAAGUUCUGUGAUGUCCAGGCAACCAGCUGUGAAGGUAAAGGGAGCUGUAAGGUGGAGUGCAACAUCACGGCCAUCUGCCCUCAUGAUGAAGAUGUGUGUGUCGCUGUUUGGAGGAAGAAAGAUGACAAUGUCACAUUUGAUACAGUCUGCCACAACCCAGCUCAGAAGCUGUACGGCCUGGUCCUGGACGAUUACAACAACAGCAAAUGUGAGAUGAAAGAAAGAAACGGCAUGGGCUCACAGUUCUUCAUCUGUUCCUGCUCUGAGGAUGAGUGCAAUGAGCACAUCAUUUUUAACCCAUAUAUAGAGUCCCAGUUAAUGGCUGUCAUCCUAGUGAGCCUGGUGCCUCUGCUGGUUAUGGCCAUUAUCGUCAUCACUUCUUUCUACUGCUACCGGGUCUACCGCCAGCGCCAAGCCAGCUCCAGAUGCAAGAAGGGUCCUCAGCUGGACUUCAGUGAUGCUCAUGCCAUCAUGAUAGAUGAUGAAGGUUCAGACAGCAGCUCCACCCACGCCAACAACCUCAACCACAACACUGAGCUGCUGCCCAUCGAACUGGAUGUUCUCCUUGGAAAAGGACGCUUUGCAGAGGUUUACAAAGCUAAACUGAAGCAGGGGUCCUCGGUCAGCGAGGAGCAGGGCUUUGAGACCGUGGCCGUUAAGAUUUUCCCAUACGAGGAGUACGCCUCCUGGAAGAAUGAGAAGGAUAUUUUCUCAGACGCAGACUUGAGACAUUACAAUGUGCUUCACUUUCUGACAGCAGAGGAAAGGAAGGUGCACAGACAGUACUGGCUGAUCACAGCCUAUCACCCAAGAGGCAACCUUCAAGAGUACCUGACUCAUCAUAUUAUCAACUGGCAUGACCUGUGGCUGCUGGGGUGUUCGCUAGCCCGCGGAGUGGCCCACCUUCACAGUGACCACACCCCCUGUGGUCGUUAUAAGGUGCCUAUCGUGCACAGGGACAUAAAGAGUUCCAACAUACUGGUGAAAAGUGACCUGACGUGCUGCCUGUGUGACUUUGGCCUCGCCCUCCGCUUAGACAACACUCUGUCUGUCGACGAGUUGGCCAACAGUGGACAGGUGGGUACAGCCAGGUACAUGGCUCCAGAGGUGUUGGAGUCCAGAAUCAACUUGGAAAACAUUGAGUCUUUCAAACAGGCCGAUGUUUACUCCAUGGCUCUUGUACUGUGGGAGAUCAUCUCCAGGUGUAGUGCAAUUGGAGAGGUGAAAGAGUACGAGCCACCCUUUGGGAACCUCAGGGAACACCCGUGUGUGGAGAGCAUGAAGGAUAGCGUUCUGAGAGACAGAGGAAGGCCUGAGAUCCCCAACAGCUGGAUCAACCACACAGGCAUCCAGGUGGUGUGCGCCUCCAUAGAGGAGUGCUGGGACCAUGACCCAGAGGCCCGUCUGACAGCCCAGUGCGUUGUUGAGCGCUUCGGUGAUAUGGUAUACCUGGACAAACUGUCAAAUUGCUCUGACUCAGAGGAAAAAAUUCCUGAAGAAAUCUUUGUGGUGAAUGAGAAGUAGAGCUCAACAGAAACACUGCCCCCACCAGGACAGCCGAGGAAUAACAAGUAAUCGUCUGGAAGCUUUUAGUGGAUGCACUGGUUGCUACAGUAAGUGUUUGUCAGAGAUAUGUGAUGGAGGAGCAAACUGGAAAAAUCAUUGGGAGGAAAAUAAACUGUUACCAGUGAUGGCCUUGCAUGCAGUAUACAGAUCAGGACCAACAAAAACAAACAGCAGUGAUUGGCUGGAUUUGUUUUCAUCCACGUGCUUCAAAGACAGGAUUAAGUCAUAAGUAAACAGGAAGCUUACAUUUUUUAAACAAAUGCUAUCUGCACUUUAUCAAUAUCUAUGCACACCAAAUGAUAUAUAUUGGUUUUUGUUUUGUCAACACAUUUCAGGUAUAUAAAAUAAAGGUUAUUUAGAAAAGGGGGAAAAGGAAUAAAGUAAAAUAUUAACACUAAUAUCCCCCUUUUAGCUUAUCUGUCUACUUAAAUGUUUUCCUGGGUGGGCUGGUGGCUUUGGACCAAUGUCAGCUGGACUGGACAAUGCACUGUAAGAUUCAAGAUGCAAGUAUAAUUUCUUGUGGUAUGGAAUGGAAAUUACCCACAGCAAAGGAUACAAAACCCAUCCAGGCAGUAAUCUGCAGGGAAGGCUGAUGUCAACUCUCGAGGGUCGUGAACUGUGAAAUAAAGAUGGCAAAAUCAGCCUGAAAGGAAAAGUCGGAUGUGUUUGUGUGUGUGUCUGUGUGUGUGUAGGGGAGAGAGAGAGAGAGGCGGAGAAUCCAACAGAAGAAAGUCUGCUUAAUCAGACCCAGAGAAUAAAGGCAAGAGAGAUAAAGAGUAUGUAUAAAAGACUGAAUAUGAUAUUAAAGCUGAUUUUUUUUUUCUGGUCCUGUGCUCAGAAAAGAGCAGUAUCAUUUUUCUAUUAAAAAUUUAAAGCCAUAAUUAAAAGUCUUACAGUA